UACUCAUCACAGCCACCAUCAACAAUUGUUAACAAGUGACACCUCAGCACAGUACCUGAGGAUAUUUAAAGUUUACGAGGAGCGGAGAAGGCAGCAGAUUAUACGUCACAGUCUUCCGCGGGAGAUUCAGUCUACUGGUUGAGCGUUUUACACGGAUUACAAACACUUCUACGGCGCAAUAUAACGUAUUUAAACGCAAAUCUUAAUGUCAGUGGACGUUGCUGGUGCAGCCAUCGCUAUAAAAUGUCAAAGAAGAAAGGACUAAGUCUGGAGGAGAAAAGAGCUCGCAUGAUGGAGAUUUUCUUUGAAUCGAAAGAUGUGUUUCAGCUGAAGGAUAUAGAAAAGAUCGCCCCUAAGUCAAAAGGCAUAGCUCCCAUGACUGUGAAGGACGUGCUGCAGAGCCUGGUGGACGACAGCAUGGUGGACUGUGAAAGAGUCGGUACUUCCAACUACUACUGGGCCUUUCCCAGCAAGGCUCUGCAUGCUCGCAAACGCAAACUGGAGGAGCUGCAGAAACAGAUCUCUGAAGCGAAGCAGCGAAAAGUGUCUGUAGAGAAGGCGAUUGAAAAAGCCAAAGUAGGACGUGAAGAUACAACGGAGAGGAGCUCUCUGCUGAAGGAGCUGCAGGCUCUGAGAGAGGAACGAACUCAGCUGCAGGCCGAGUUGGAGAAGUACAGAGAAUGUGACCCAGAGGUCGUCGAGGAGAUGAGAAAGUCAAAUGUAGUAGCAAAAGAAGCUGUUUCCAGGUGGACAGACAAUAUUUUCGCCAUCAAGUCCUGGACGAAGAAAAAAUUUGCCUUUGAUGAAAGCCGCAUUAAUAAAGCCUUUGGGAUCCCUGAGGACUUUGACUAUUUGGAUUGACUGCUAGCUUUUCUACCAGAGUUUGUGGUCACAAUAAGUGAAAAAAAUAAGUCUUCAUGCUUCAGUUUGAAGCCAGUAUGCCUGGUCUCAUCAGUUCUAGUUUAUGUUCUGUAUAUUAACCAAAUGUAUUUAUCAGCAUGGGCUUUGAGUAAGGACUGAUAUCAGUAAUUUUGCUGUGACAGAUGGACUUUAUCAGUGGAUAUGUUGCUUUGGUGCAACCAGAGAAGAGAAGCACCAGUUAGUAGUGGCUGUGAAGGGUGACUGGGUUCUGUUUAUAUACACAACCUAGCAGCUUGACUUUUGGGACACCUGUUUGCAUGAAAACUGAGAGCCCAAGUUGAUGAUGGAAAGGAAUUAACACUUAGCACAUCUGUGUGGUGAAUGGUUUAAUUUAUAUGCUUUAAACAGAUGGUUUGGAAUCAAAUGAUUGGGCUCUUUUUUCCUGUUAUUUCUGCUCGGAUGACAAAGGAAAAACUAAUUUGGGAAACAUCCAGUCCUCCCCGUUCACAAAAAGUGCACCAGAACUGAAGAGGUAGUUAAAUUACCACGGAUACUUUAAGGAUAAGUCUACAAAUGCUGUAAAUAUUUAAAGAAUGUUUUAUUUUUUUGCAAAACCUUUUUCUACUGCUCCACAUAAAAUGUCCCUUUGAGUUUUACAAGCCAUUUUCUGCAGUUGUAUUCAUUCCAAAGCUCAGUGUGCAGUGUCCCAAUGUAUUUACACCAGGCCUCCUAUCUUUUGUGAAUUCAUUUCUUUCGAAAAGGCCACUGAAAUGUUGCAAAAUCUAUCAUAGACGCACUUUUUUUCUGGAGCAGCACACUCACUUUCUGUAUGAACAAAAAAGGAGCACUGCUGUCAUGACAUGUCUGACUGUUGGCCUGUGUAUUUUCCUCCCUUUUCCCUCUGUCAAACCAGAUGCAAAACAGGUAGUUGUGUGUUCUGUGUUUACUCAGUGACCUAGUUGACAAGGCCAGUGUGUGUUUGGAUUCGUUGAUUUAAAUUGCAAAUGCGCUCCAUGCUCGUCUUGUUUUACUCAUCAGUUUAGUUUUCUUUCCAGUAGAUGAAUGGUAUUCAAACAUAUUAACAGUUCUGUUACUUUCUUUUUAUGUAUAGUGUUGCUUAAUGCAAGUUACUUUUU